UAUUCAGAAACCAAAAAUAAAUCAAAAACCAAAAGAAGAGAAAGGGAAAAAAAAAAUAGCUUCUCCAUGGCAACCUCCGUCGAUAACCGCCACUAUCCCCGCCUCAGCUCCGCCCUAAACGGCGGCGUUGUCCACUCCUUCAAACCUCCUCUCGUCCCUUCUCCCUCACUCGGCCGUGACCAAGACCAGAGCGUCAACGUCCCAACCGAAAAAUCCGUCGACACCACAGAGAACCAAACCACCAAAGAAGACAGUUACGACUCCAGCGACGACGAGGACGAGAGCCACAACCGUUACGUCUCCUACUACAAGGAGAUGGUUCUCAAAUCCAACUCCGAUCUAGAGCCGUCGGCUCUAGACUCGCGAGACGAAUCCACGGCUGACAACUGGAUCCACCGUAACUCCUCUAUGGUGCGUCUCACGGGAAAACACCCCUUCAACGCCGAGGCUCCCCUCCCCCGCCUCAUGCACCACGGCUUCAUCACCCCCGUCCCUCUCCACUACGUCCGCAACCACGGCGGCGUCCCGAAAGCCGAGUGGUCGGACUGGUCCGUCGAGGUCACCGGGCUCGUCAAGCGCCCGGCGAGGCUCACCAUGGAGCAGCUCAUCACCGAGUUCCCCAGCCGCGAGUUUCCGGUGACGCUCGUCUGCGCCGGAAACCGCCGCAAAGAGCAGAACAUGGUGAAGCAGACCAUCGGGUUCAACUGGGGCUCCGCCGGAGUGUCAACCUCCCUGUGGAGAGGCGUUGCUCUGAGCGACGUCCUCCGCAGGUGCGGCGUCUACAGCAAGAGAGGCGGCGCUCUCAACGUCUGCUUCGAAGGCGCGGAGGAUCUUCCCGGAGGCGGCGGGUCGAAAUACGGGACGAGCAUCAAGAAGGAAAUGGCCAUGGACCCCGCGAGGGACAUUAUAUUGGCGUACAUGCAGAACGGUGAGCUUCUCACGCCGGAUCACGGGUUUCCGGUUCGGGUCAUUAUACCCGGUUUCAUCGGCGGGCGGAUGGUUAAGUGGUUGAAGCGUAUCAUCGUCACGCCUCAAGAGUCUGACAAUUACUACCACUACAAAGACAACAGAGUGCUCCCUUCUUGCGUGGAUGCUGAGCUGGCAAAUGAAGAAUCUUGGUGGUACAGGCCGGAGUAUAUAAUCAACGAGCUUAAUAUAAACUCGGUGAUAACGACACCUGGUCACGAGGAGAUUUUGCCGAUCAAUGCAUUCACGACUCAGAAGCCUUACACGUUAAAAGGCUAUGCUUACUCUGGAGGAGGGAAAAAGGUAACGAGAGUGGAGGUGACUCUAGACGGAGGAGAGACGUGGAGUGUGUGUGAGCUUGACCAUCAAGAGAAGCCGAACAAGUAUGGCAAGUUCUGGUGCUGGUGUUUCUGGUCACUUGACGUUGAGGUUCUUGAUCUGCUUAGUGCUAGAGAGGUAGCUGUUCGAGCCUGGGACGAGUCUUUGAACACCCAGCCUGAAAAACUCAUCUGGAACCUCAUGGGUAUGAUGAACAACUGCUGGUUCAGGAUCAAAACCAACGUGUGCAAGCCUCACAGAGGAGAGAUAGGUAUCGUUUUCGAACACCCGACCAGACCCGGAAACCAAUCGGGCGGGUGGAUGGCAAAGGAACGUCAGAUCGAGAAAUCCUCGGAGUCACACCCUACUUUGAAAAAAUCAGUUUCAACACCUUUCAUGAACACUGCCUCAAAGAUGUACUCAAUGUCCGAAGUUAGGAAACACAACUCAGCUGAAUCUGCAUGGAUCAUCGUCCACGGUCACAUCUACGACUGCACACGUUUCUUGAAAGACCACCCCGGUGGUUCGGACUCUAUCCUCAUCAACGCUGGUACUGAUUGCACCGAAGAGUUCGAAGCCAUUCAUUCGGACAAAGCCAAGAAGCUUCUAGAAGAUUACCGUAUCGGUGAGCUCAUCACGACGGGAUACGACUCUUCACCUAACGUCUCGGUCCAUGGUGGCUCGAGUGUAAUGUCUUUGUUAGCUCCUAUCAGAGAGCUAGCUCCUGCUAAGAACAUAGCUUUGGUCAACCCACGUGAGAAAGUCCCGGUGAAACUCAUCGAGAAGACUUCGAUCUCCCACGACGUGCGUAGGUUCCGUUUCGCGUUACCAUCUGAAGAUCAGCAGCUUGGUCUACCCGUCGGGAAACACAUCUUCCUCUGCGCCACUAUUAACGACAAGCUUUGUCUUAGAGCCUAUACUCCGACCAGCACGGUCGACGCGGUCGGAUACAUCGACCUAGUCAUCAAGGUUUACUUCAAGAACGUCCAUCCAAGAUUCCCCAACGGAGGGCUCAUGUCACAGCACCUAGACUCGUUACCGAUCGGUGCGGUUUUGGACAUCAAAGGUCCUUUAGGACAUAUUGAGUACCAAGGCAGAGGCAAAUUCAUGGUCAGCGGUAAACCAAAGUUUGCCAAUAAACUAGCCAUGCUUGCUGGAGGAACCGGUAUAACUCCAAUCUACCAAGUCAUUCAAUCGAUACUAAGUGACCCGGAGGACGAAACCGAGAUGUUUGUGGUUUACGCGAACCGAACCGAGGAUGAUAUUCUUGCGAGGGAAGAGCUAGAAGGAUGGGCUGAUAAGUUUCCGGACAGGCUAAAGAUUUGGUACGUUGUUGAAAUUGCUAAAGAAGGAUGGGAGUACAGCACAGGGUUUAUCACCGAAGCUGUGCUUAGAGAACAUGUCCCUGAAGGUUUAGAAGGCGAGUCUCUGGCCUUGGCGUGUGGACCACCGCCUAUGAUUCAGUUUGCGUUGCAGCCUAAUCUUGAGAAGAUGGGUUACAAUAUUAAGGAAGAUCUCUUGAUCUUCUAAGAAUUUGUUCAAGAUUUAUAUAUGUAUUGAAACUUGAAAGUUAAUAACAAUUAUAGCUUAUGUAAAUACAUGGUUACCAUGUGUGCUUUUGUUAGAGUUUUUAUUCCAAAUUUAUAAUGUAUAAAUUGCGUUUAUGGUUA